GCACUGUUUGGAACACUACAGCCUCAGGACGCCUCAUCAUUUGGGGCCCUGGGCUUAGCCUUAGGGGUGGCGCAUGCAAGAGAAGAAAAGCUUCUUCGUAUAGGCAGGUGGAUGGUGCUUGAAGUCGUGAUGUGCCUUCUUGAGAGCAAAAUGAUGCAGCUAAGGAAAAGCCGCCACACGUUCUUGAGUGAUGAGUCCGGAUUAGGACUCUAUCUUGCCUGGCAAGAACCCGGUUCCGUGCAAUUAUUGAUUUCUCGGAAAGAGUUGGUCAGAUCGGAUUACAGAAAGAAAGGCUUUGGAUCAGCCAAGCUUGUUUACAACUGAAGCCCUAGAAUGCUGAGAGUCUGCAGCAUUGGCCCAAAAUCCUUUCUACCAGUCCUCAUUCCAAUGUGGUGCAACGACGCUAGUGAUAAACAAUGGACCCCUAAAACCGAAGCCACAGAACAUUAAGAUGCUUGUAGAACUCUUUCAGCAGACAUACCACCACCAUAGCUAGAAAGGAGCGAAAGCACUUGCAGCGAUCAGAAAACUGGCCGACCAGACUACACUUGAUCGUUGCAGUUCUCUGAUAGAUUCUCUGUCCGCACGCUUGCUCGAGUACAGCACUCAUCUUUUGAGUAUAAAAGGGUUGGUUUUCCACAACAGACAAAGUGUCAGGCGCUGAGUUGCUCAAAGUAGAAUGGCCUCGCUUUGUCCUGUCAACGCUGGUGCUUUCGUCAGCACAGCCGGCACCUGUGCCUGUCCGGUGGGGCAGUAUCUAGUAAACGCUUCCUGCCGAGCUUACAUGGACGGGCCAACUCAAAGACCAGAGAUUAGUCAGGCUGACUUCAUUCCCCCUCUGCCAACUGCAGCAUCCUGGACUAACAACCAUGCUCAGCUCAUCUCCUUUGAGAUUACCAUCAUCCUCGUGGGGGUGUGGUUCCUCUUCUGCCUGGGCCUGCGCUUUGCCCCCUUGGAAGGGAACUGGUUCCGCCUCCGCUACAAGAUCAGCCGGUGUGAUGUCAUCUUCUCGAAGCAGCACUGGUUCGACGAGCAGAAAGUAUUGGUCAAGAGGAGGACCGAAAUGGGAGGGGCUUUAUCCUUGGCCAGCCUUCUCUUCUUUCUUGGCGCAAUCGUUGGGUUGAUUUGGGACCUGGAGACCCAAAAGCAGUAUACCGUGGAGAGCGUCAUGAUCGCCUCCCACCAGGUUAUCCAGGGUUUCGAGAACGACCUGCUCUUUAACCUGACUGGCUACGGCAGCCUACGGUGCGAGAUGCUGCAACAACCGACCGUCACGACCGGGGAGAUCCAGGAGGAGGUGCGCACCGUGUCGGCGAUUGCGGCGGGCGACUCGUAUACCUGUGUCAACAAUCCGGACGGCGUCACUCUCCGGGUGACGUGUCCGAACUGCACAGCCGGACGGGAAAACUACCUCAUUCAGUCGGAGUUUGCGGACAUCAACGGUACCCAGGCGUACGCGCUCGGCUGGGCAUACGACGCGUGUGCGGUCCACAAGUCGCGCGAGUACAAGAGUUGCGUAAGCGGAAAAAUCGCGGGCGCGUCGAACGGAACAUACGCGCCGAUGGCGACGUUGCGGGGGGAGCUGCCCACCGUGCUGUCGUUCAGCUUCUAUCCGAGGAUCUUCCGACAGUUCGAUCCCGAGUUGCUGCUCCUCGACACCCAGUUCCGCCAGUACACGGCAGGCACUUUCGCGACCGACAACGCCACGUUGCAGCCCCUGCUGGCCGCUCCGACGGGCGUGCGCGUCGCGUUGCUGCUGGAGCUCGCGGGGUCGUUCGUGUUGAUAACCGAGACGCAGAGCACAAACGGCGUAUUGACAUUCCUUGCCAAGGCUGGCGGCCUGUACACUAUCAGCUAUUGGCUGUUCUACUUCAUUCUAAUGCAAUUCGAGAAGCGCAUCAAGCGGCUGCGCUACGACGACAAGCGGCUCAACAGCCUCGAGUGCACCCGCAUCGCGCGCCUCCGGUGGGACAAGGUCCGCUUGUUCGUCAAGUACUCACGCUUCGGUACGCGCCGAAAACCCGGGCGGCGGCCCGGCGAGGUUGUCUUGGAUCUGGGAGACGACGCGUCACCACGUGGCGGCGCCGGGGAGGCGCCACGUGGCGCCUCGGACGGGUCAGGUUUUGGGGAGAAGCUGAAGCAGACGCUGUCCAAGCUUGCUGACGUGAAAACGGACGAAGAGCGGAUAAAGGACAUCGCCGAAAACGACAACUUUCUCAGCGACGGCGUCGUCAAUCCACACCCCGGGUCGCGCAACCUCAACCCCUCUCGCGCACCAUUCCCGGGAAUUUUUACCGACUUCCGUGCCAACGGAGAAGCCGGGGAAGGGCCACCGAUGCUGAUGCGGGCUGCCAGUCUUCCGGGGGGCAGCAUACGUCGACAAAGAACCACGGGGCCUCUGCCGGACUUCUCCCUCGCUCAACACAUUCCGCCCCACGGAACGACCGUUGGAACCCAGAGCGGAAGGAACGGCCGGCCCCACGACUAUCUCCUUGAGUCCCGCAGCAACCUGCGAGAUGAUACCCUCACAGGAGACCCCACCGAACCUUUUCGCCCACCUGCCCGCCUCCGGGGGGGUGCGCCUUCACCCCCCGACAGUCCCCCCGGAAGCGGUGAAAACUCCGACCCCCAAGAAAGUUCCCGCCUCCGGGGGGGGUCGUCGCCGCUCUAUCGGGCCCCCUUCUCCGGCGAGUUGGCGUCUCCCCACGGCGGGGGGGUAGGUUGCCGCUCGGAUUCGUGCCCCCUGUUCAACGGGUUCGGGAGCGCGCAGACAAGCGCCAGCGAGGACGGGUGGAAACAAGCAGCCAGUGAAAGCGUUUCUUUCAACGGGAGGGGGCGGGAUAUGGCGUCACCGGCAGGGGGAUCCCCCCCAUCGAAACGCAUCCACGUGUCGCCCCCUCCGAGGACGCUUACACCGCCCCUGCCGCCGACCCCGGGCAGCACCCGGCCGCCGCAUUCGCCCAGGGGGGGCGCUGACAUCAGCAGCAGGCGGCGAUCCAAGAAGCGGCCAAAGCCCAUCGACGUCAUUCGCAACGACAGCGAGAUGUCGCUCGCACGCAGCGAGCCGGCCUCCGCAAGCACCACCCCCCCCAGCGAGCCCGGGCAUCACCGCCGCAGCUCGAGCGGCUCGGGCGUAGCGCUCCUCGCAAACAUUGGGCGGGGCCUGAGUAAAGUCAUCCCAGGGAACCUCACGCACUUGCACAUUCCUGGGUUCGGUCCAUCGGACAGCCAGAAGCCGUCCGAAGAGGAAGUGCACGAGCGUAUGAUGCGGAAGAAGCGGAAAAAGCUGCGGUAUCGCGGGAUGGUGCAACAUACGGGCCUAGUCGUCCGGCGUCUGAAGCGGCCGUCGUGGCUGGGACACAGCUGCCCCCUUCCGCCCGUUCCGAACGCUCCCGAGGGGCAAGAGGACGAUGUGAAUGGGUCCGAUGAGAUCGAGCCUGACGUUUUUGCGAUGUAUAAUCACCUGCAAGAUUUGUACGAUUACAACGUUCGCCUACGAGAGGAUUUCCUGCUUGCACAGUCUAUGCUUGAAAACGUCGUCCAGCGUUUCAGGCCCCACAGCGACUUAUAAUAUCUCCAUACUUUGUUCGAUUUCUUUGUUGAAUGGCAAGCAUCAAUUGUUGAGAAGCCGGACAGGAGGCUAGCUAUGCUGCCACGCAAGUUGUGCCUCUUAUUUUCCUCAAAACAGACUUUGUGCGAACUAGCUAAGCUGAAGCUCGGUUCCUGAUUGCUGCAAAGUAGAAGCACGCUUUGAACUGUCUAUAAUAAUAUACAUUAGAGGAAGCUUGUAACGGAUGCUUCAAGAAUUCGAUGGAUCAUAUAAACACCUGAAAUUGAAAGGACGAAGUUGUGUCUGC